AGUCAGAAAGGCAAGUGUCACGAUAUCGUCACAGUCACAACCCCAUUAGGCCGCGACUUGUGCCCCUACUGCUACACGUUCCCCACACGAGUUCGAACUGCAAAAUGCCCCCUAAACGUAAACGCGCGACAGACGACACGACCGGGGAUACCAAUACGUCGACGCGACCUACGCGGAGCAGCACACGCAAAUCGACGAGCUCGAAUAAUGCAGCUGGCACCUCAACUAACGCUGUGGACACCAAUGGAACGGCGUCGUCAAGCCAGGUGGCAUCCGGAGGCUCUGAGGCUGAGCCUUCUGUAGCAAAGAAGCCGAGAACUUCAAAAAUAUCCGGAACCAAGGGUGGGACGAAGAAGGGACCGACAAAAGGGAAAAAAGCUGCGGCGGUGUUGGCUGAUGACGCAGAAGACAACGCCUCUUUGCUUGAUGAGCCUUCAGCUCCCAGUACGUCCAAAAUACAAGUCGCCGAAGUCCCGCUGACUUUCAUUGAUUCCCAACCUCCAUCGCGAUCUUCCGUCCAUCUCACACCGGAAUCGCUAACCACACACUCAUCCAUCGCCCCCCCUCCGCCCGUAGCCGCACCCGUGCCCACACUCGUCAAGCCCGAGCCCCCCAUGUCCAAGAUCGAAUCGUACAGCGCAGAUCGCUGCGUGAAACUAUUUGCGCAAUACACAGACGAGGAUGACCGCAACGUCAUCGGACCCGAGGGGUUCGAACGGCUAUGCACGGACGCAGACAUAUCCUUGGAAGGAGCGGGGCCGCUGAUCCUGGCAUGGCAGCUCAACGCGAAGGACAUGGGCAAGUUCACGCGGGAGGAAUGGACGAAGGGACUGGGCGCGCUCAAGAUCUCGUCCUGCGCCCCCCUCUGCAUGGCUGUUUCUGACUUGGACAGCUUGCUCAUCCGGGGUGAGCCGGCGGUGAAGGCUGGUAGGAAGGAUGCCUACGACAAGACCGCCUACACCAGGUAUGCUGCUGACGUGAAGAAGGCGUUUGGGUCUCUGUACACAUUCUGCUUCAACCUGGCUAAACCAGAGCAAUCGAGGAACAUUGAUAUGGAGACGUCGAUGGCUUUCUGGUCGGUGCUGCUGCUGCCCCAGUUCCCCAUCAUGAAGGAGGUCCUGGAGUUCAUCACUGAGAAGAACUCGUACAAGGCUACGAACAAGGAUCUCUGGAGCAUGAUGCUGGAGUUCUGUCGGACCGUCAAGCCCACACUGCAGGACUAUGAAGCUGACGGUGCCUGGCCCACCCUGUUAGACGACUUUGUCGCAUGGAAGCAGGAGAAAAUGGAAGUCAACGGCGGACCCUGAACAGAACACUCAUUUGGGUGAUUCUAGCGGAUUCCCGCAUCGCAUAGCACGUACUGCUCCAUUCUCAAUCCAUCCAUCCCUGGACUCGUGCCUCCGGUAUGAGCGUGGGAAUGUAAUGUAGACGCCGUCACUCGAGUAUGUAGUCAGUGUAAGAGUGUUGCGUUACCCCAGCCCCGAUGUUUAGAAAGCAAUAGCUGUGAAAGCAGAUUGACCGACAGCGGGAAAACAGCUUUUC